UGGGUCUCUCUCUCUCUCUCUCUCGGGGUGUGUUUGCUGGACCCUCCCUCCGCCUUAGGACCCCUCUCCUUCCAGCCCCAGGAGGCGCUCCUCAGGGCCGGCCAAGGCUCAGCCCUAAAGCCACUUCCUGGCCCUUCCACUCUUUCUCACACGCCUCCCCCAGUUCCCCACAGCUCUCACAGAGCCCAGUUCCCCCAGUUCUCGAACCUCCUCCCCUCAAUUCUCAGCCCCCCAAUUCUCAGCCCCUCCUCAGUGCCCCUUGCCCCCUUCUCCCCCUUCUCCUUGCCUCCAUGCACCUCACCCAUAAACCCUUGACAUUCUCUCCCCUCCUCAGUUCCCACAAAGGAUCCAGAGGAUUUUAAGUGGGCUGGAACAGAGGAAGAAUGAUCUUAUGAUACUUUAAAAAAGAGAGAAGGAGAUGGGAAUUGAAACACCAAGGAACCAUUGAGUUUUCUCAGAUUCAAUGACAAACUCACGUGGCUGUCCUAGCUCUUGACACACAUUUUUCUGAACACCAUGGAUUUGAUGGCAUUUAGCCUGCAAAGCAUUCUUAAAAAGUAAGAUUUGGCUCAUAAGCCUAGAUCAUCUUACGUGGUCACAAUAAUGGCUAGCAAAAGGAAAUCCACAACGCCUUGUAUGAUACCAUCAAAAACGUUGGCAUUGCAGGAAUCACAAUCAACAUCUGUCGAAGCUGGUCAUGAAGGAACCCAACAGUCUGCCACUAUUGCCAGUCUACCUAUUAGUGACCCUGUUGUUAAUAGUAAUCACAACAGUGGGACAUUGUCUAAUGGACAUAAUGGUAUCCUAGAGGGCGAUACUUACAGAUGUAUGCAUUGCAAUUUUGGUUCUCAAGAUGUCAACCAGUUCCUUGCUCAUCUUGAUUCUGCACACAUAGACUUUGGUAAAGACCCUUCCUUUGUGUGCAUGCAGUGUAGUUUCCUGGUGAAGAGCCACAAAGAGCUUUCUUGCCACAAUACAGAUCAUCAUGCUGGAGAAGCCAGCUUAAUCUGGAAUAUUGUAAAGCAAGGCAAUCAGACAGUUGUAGAGCAAACCAUUGGAGUUCCCACCAUCACCAGCACUAGUCAAGACACUCUAGUGGAUCUUCCUGAGGAUGGUCAAGACAGUCAAGCUGAAAUUAUUAUUACCAAAACACCCAUUAUGAAGAUAAUGAAAACAAAACCAGAAGUUAAAAAAAUCCAUAUGCUGAAAGAGAAUCUUUCUAGUAAACCAGCCAAGGAUCUGGAGACAAAAAGUGGCGAACAGCCAUACAGCAAUGGAUCUGUGCCUGUCAGCCAGUCUACAACAAGUUCAGUCAAAUCAACACAUGUUGUCAAUGGUUCAGUAAUGGGAAAUGUGCCUGUUUUGCAAUCAGGCAUCACACAACUUGUGCAACUGCAGCAGCAGCCACCAGUUCACCAGCAGCUCCCUACAUCAAAAUCCCUUCCCAAAGUAAUGAUUCCUCUGAGUAGUAUCCCAACAUACAAUGCAGCAAUGGAUUCUAACAGUUUUCUGAAAAACUCUUUCCAUAAAUUUCCUUAUCCUACUAAAGCUGAGCUUUGCUAUUUGACUGUUGUGACUAAGUAUCCAGAAGAACAGUUGAAGAUUUGGUUUACAGCUCAUAGAUUAAAACAGGGUAUCAGUUGGUCACCUGAAGAAAUAGAAGAUGCACGGAAAAAAAUGUUUAAUACUGUGAUUCAAUCUGUGCCUCAGUCCACCAUUACAGUGUUGAAUACACCUCUAGUUGCAAGUCCUGGUAGUGUUCAGCAUCUCAUUCAAGCCAGUUUGCCUGGCCAUUCAGUUGGAAAACCUGAAGGAGAAAGUAAUGUGUUUGUCACCCAACCAGUAAUAACAAAUGGAUUUCAAGGAACAACCUCAUCUCAUGCAAUAGCAGCAACAUCCAUUCCAAAGACACAGAUAGCUAAGCUACCAGCUGCCGUGUCAGCUUCUAGUACUGCAUCAGCUGUGAAAGUAGUCAGUGCUGUUCAGUCACAGCUCACUUCUUGCCCCAGCAUAUCUUCACAGGCAUUCUUAGAUCCAAAUAUAUACAAAAAUAAGAAGUCUUAUGAACAGCUAUCUGCACUAAAAAACAGUUUCUGUAGAAACCAGUUUCCUGGCCAUGCUGAAGUUGAGAGGCUGACAAAAAUCACGGGUCUUAGUACAAGGGAUGUCCGGAAAUGGUUUAGCGAUAGGAGAUACCAUUGUAGAAACAUAAGAGGCAGCAAGGUUAUGCAUGCUGGAGAAAAUACAAUAAUAAUAGAUUCAGUACCUGAAAUUACCUUUACGUCUUCUCCCAAAACAACCACAGAGCUAAUAUCCAUGCCACCAGCAACACCAGUUGUUCAUCCUCCAACCCGUCGACAGUCCUGGCAUCAAACCCCUGAUUUCUCCACUACAAAGUAUAAGGAAAGAGCUCCUGAACAGCUCAGAGCAUUAGAGAGUAGCUUUGCACAGAAUCCAUUUCCUCUUGAGGAGGAAGUAGACCGUUUGAGGACUGAGACAAAAAUGACAAGGAGAGAAAUUGACAGCUGGUUCUCAGAGCGAAGAAAAAGACAAGUGAUCAAAGAAACUGAGCAGGGAGUAGAUAAUGAUGGCGAAGAAGACUCUGUGGAAGAGGAAGACUCAUCGGAUGACUUGAGGGCUUCAAGCGAAAAUGGCUCCUUGGAUGCAGCCAGCAGUUCUCAAGUGUCAGGUGAACGCAAAGUGAGCCCUAUAAAAAUUAACCUUAAGAACUUCAAGGUGACUGAAUCAAAUGGCAAAAGUGAGCUGCCAUGUUUAAAUACAGAUGUUCAAAGAGAGAGCUCUCUUAGUAGGCUACCUGCGCCCCCAAAACCCAAGCUUAGUUUUAAAAAGACUGCUCAGCAGAGGCAUUUGCUAAAACAGCUCUUUGUGCAGACCCAAAGGCCUACUAAUGAACAAUAUGACCAAAUAUGUUCCGAGUCAGGUCUUCCCAGAGCUGAAGUGAUUCGCUGGUUUGGGGAUACUCGCUAUGGUUUAAAAAAUGGAAAUUUGAGGUGGUUUGAGAACUACAAGCAUGGUAUUUUCCCAAAAGGCCUAACAACCUCCAGUACUAGUAGGGAGAUCCUGAAGGAUUACUUCCAAAAGAAUAAGGUGCUUUAUGAAGAUGAUAUCGCUAGUCUGUGUGAGAGGACUCAGAUGACCAGUAGUCAGGUCAAGCUGUGGUUUGCUGAAAGACUCGAUGAAGAAAACAGGGUAAUUUCAGACACAGGUAGUGAAGAUCAGUCCUCAAGCAUUGGUGAGCCAACCAGCAGUCAAAAAGGGACAUUUGACGCAUUUUCUGAAGUUUCUGAGAACAGUGAAUCCUGGGAGCCUGGAGGUCAAGAAGGCAGCUCAGAGUUUGGUGAUACAGAUUGUCACCCACCAGCAGUUCAUUUUGAAACAGAAUGAACCAGCACUGCCUCACUCGAAGGAUCUGUUGUUAACUUUAUGAAGACUGCAGCUGCGGGGAUUGGCCUGCACCUCCAGUGAAGGAUGUCAUGAAACACUACCAUAUUUUGUCAAGAGCAUCUUUUCGUAAAGCACAUUGAGAAGUUGUGGUUGAAAGGAAGAGAUCAAGCAAGAUCAAGCAAGGAAGAAAGAUUUAUGAGCAGUCUGUUGCUUAACCUAGCACAGCGAGCAAGAGUCUGGCCCAGUGUAGGCAAGAUUUUUUUCCUCUUCUCUAGACUGUGACUCUCCAUUUUGUUUCCCAUUGGAAAAUUUAUUUCAAGCUUUGUAUUUGUAUGGAAUCAGCUUGUUCGUAUUACCAGUUGACCUACUGAUAGGAUCAUGAACUUGGGGCAUUGUUUUAAAACAUUUUUAUUUCAUAGAAAUGAACUAUCAUUGUACAAUACAUUUUGAAAUCUUUCAUUGUUUGUUCUCUGAAGGCCCAAGCUGCUGUAUGUCUGUCUCCUUGCAUUUGAAUCUGGGUCGCAGUGUGUACCCACUUGCUUGGGAGUAUGGCCUACUCAACACUAUAGGAUUAACUCCUGAGUAGACACAUAGUUGGAAUGCACUACUAGUACAUGAAGGAGAUAGGAUGGGGCAUGGGAUGGUGUGUCAGAGACAGGUCUGAUGAGCAAUAUUACCAGUUUCUUGCACAAAAACAGAAAAAGAUUAUGAGCAGCUGUUCUUCAUUGGGCAUUGACUUGGUGUACACUGCUGGGAGGGCAGAAAUCUGGGAAUAAAAACCCAAAGAUUGCAUCUAUGAUUAUUUUUUAAAAUUAUAUUUUGCUACUAUGAGGCCUUCUUAGUCCAAAAAUGGCUAUUAAUCUCCAGGGCUAGAAAUUGACAUUGGUGGUGGUUUGGUGGUGGCUAAAUUAUAAUUUUGUAUUUUUCUUCAUUGUUCAAAACAAAUCUGUAAUUUUUAUUAGGGAUAAAAUAGAAAAUAUAAUCACUCAAAUUGUGUUUAGAAAGCCAACGAACACCACAUUUCACAUUUUCUUCCUAUAAUAUAUAAACUGGGGUUACGCUAGAUGCAGUUCUUUACUUCAUAGGGUACAGUAUUGGUAAUAUUUACCAUUCCCCAGCCUUGCUUGCUUUGUGUCAAUAAAAGUCAAGGUGUGAAAGAAACAUUCUCUUCCUACCUACUAGAGCCUUCACUUUUUAUAAGACUCUUAUUGGAGUCUUAUUAUAAAACAAAAGGCUUUAAAAAACAUUAUGAAUACCUUAAUCUGUAUCAAACCAAAUGAGAAAUGUUUUUUAAAAUGAGUCAAUUGUUGGCACUAAGCAACCUUUUUACUGAUUGGCCUUAAGGAAUCUCUCUCUCUCACACACACACACACAACUUCCUUUAGGAUCUUUUCCAAAGAUGGAGUCAAACACCAAUCCUCAUAUUAUGCUUCUACUGAUGGUGAUUGUCCUGUCUCUUUUUUAUAGAGAUUGUUUUGUGUAAGCCUUGAAAACUGAAAGAACAGCUAAAUUCCAUCUAGAUUAGCUCUAGGACAUUCUGGAGGUUCUUCACAAGGCCCUUAUUUUCAGAACAGUGUAUGUUAAACUUAACUCCACAGAUGUGAGCAUCAUGUCCACAAGCCAUCUGCGACUUGUGGACCUUUCCUCAAAGGAGAGCUUUACUUUUGCAGUUUGCACUUGAGUGGGAAAGAAUCCUGGUUGGUCUGCACAGCUUUAAACAUCUGAAUCUCUUCUUAAGCUUGUGAGAGAUACUCCAGCAAAAGUAUUUGCAUUCACACUGAAGGAGCCUGUGAUCUGAUUCUCACCUUCAUUGCCUUUAUGGAAAUAACUUGACCUGCAAGGUCUCUCUUGAGAUUGAUGCUACAAACAGAAAUCCAUGUAGGCCAGAGCCAGGCUUGCUUAUGGUCAGAACUUGAGAAAGUUACCUUUUUGGACUAUCAUUCCAGAAUCACUCAACAGUGACAGUACUCACUGUGGGGUUUUCUCUGGGAGGCGCAGUGCAAAUACAUUAACUUUUAUCCAAGCUUUAUUUCUAAUGUACUAUAAGGCUGUGAUGUAGCAAGUGUUCAUGUUAGGAGGUUUGACCAAAAGAUUAUUGUUUCAUUUUACAGUCAUGCCUUCAGAGAACAAACGCAGGUAAGUAAUGUAGGGGUACAGUCUUUCCAGAAAUUGGUGGAGCUGUGUCGAGUGGCAUAUUUGAGAAGCAACAACUAUACAAAAAGAGCAGAUUCUAUCACCCCAAUGGAACUGGUAUAGGGCAUUUGUUCUUAAGCUAUACAUUUAUUUUCUUAUGUCUUUACAUACAUGCAGAUUUGCUUUAAAUAUACACAUCUACAGUACAACAUUAGCAGGUAUUUUAUGCACAGCACCUAUGUAUGUUAUAUAUUCAUGAAUUUGUUGGUAAUUGGAAACCUUCUCAGAUCUUUGAAGAAAAUAUGUUUCUUAUGUAUACUUAAGAUGACUGUCAGCAAAUUUGAAGCAGCUACCUUGGGGUUUGGCCUAGGAUAGCAACAUCAAUUAAUUAUUAAACUGUAAUUCUCAAUAUCAUUACUCAGAAAGGCCCCUUAAGGUUCAAUUCUUUGGUUUUCAAAGGGUUAGUUUGUUAGGGGAAAAUAACAAUCACGUGGCAUUCCAAGCAUCUGAGGAAGUGGGUUGUAUCUCUGUGAAAGCUCAUACUGUUGUAACUCUGUCAGUCUUGUUGCCACACAACCUGUCUGAGAUCAGAGUGGUCAAGUUUAGGAGCAGAUUUAACAUUUAAAUUGUGUACAUGAAAUGCAAGCCUUGAGCAGGCAGGGUAGUUUAAUCCUAUCUCAGCUGAGAAGGAAAAGAACAUAAACCAAUUUGUUGGAGCCUAAAUUUGUGACAUAGAGAUGUAUAGUUUCAAGACAUGAUGUAUUGAGUCAUGAUAAAGCAGGUAUUUAAUAACCUUGAUUUUUUUCCAUUGGAUUUGUAGCAGAACAGCCCUGUUAUCUUCAAAAACCAAACAUUAUACACCAAUUCUGUUUCUAAAAAAGUGCAGACACCAAUAAUGCUGCAUCGAUUCUGAGCCAACAGCUUUGGGCAAAUAAAUUUCAGUGGGGAUAUACCUGUACAUGUGCAGUCCUCCCCAUCCCAUGUAUUCUUCCUUCACAUCUACAGAUGGAAACAUCUGUUUGUUUGCAAAAGACACAAGUAAUAGUUAUCUGUUGAGCUGAUCAGGAAUGUAAAUGUCCAGAAGCUUUAUGCUCAUUGCAAUUAAAUGUAUUUGGGGUCUUGCUGUUCUACCAGCUCAUAGGUUUGUAUCAGCUCAUGCACUGCUUUAUGUCCUGUACCCAAUUUAAAUGUGUAUAUAUAGUACUUUAAUUAGUUCUUGAAUGUAUCAUGAGCUUUUUUUUUUAAAUGGGGCAUUACCAGCAGUAGUAAAUGCACCAUCUUUCUUCUUAUGCCUAACAAAUUGCACAGCUUGUGAAACAAACCUUUAGGGCAAAGGUGUAAUUGCAGGGAAGAUACUGAUCAUUUGUCGGUGUGGUGGUUUCACAGCAGCAUUUCUUGUCACAUUACCACAAUUUUUCACAGGUCUUCUAAUGAGAAGAUCAAGUUUUGAAUUGGGGAGAGGGCUUGUUCAGUGACAGAGUGCAUAUGUGGCAUGUGGAAGGUUUAGUGGUAAGAUACGAAGUUUGUUUUGUUUUGUUUUUGGCCAGAGACUUUGUAAGAGCUGCUGCCAGUCACUGUAGCAUAGAAAAUGCUGGUCUGAAUUGCUCAGUGGUUUGAUUCAGUAUAAAGCAGCUUCCCAGUUUUAAGUAGCUUAAUAAUUCUAGUCAGUCCUUGUCUGGAAGGUCAGUUAUGUGUCCUUAUCUCUUUAAGGUUAAUGGUGUCAGCACCUCAAUGCUUGGUGCUGAAGCAAAUCAACCAUAAAUGUCUUUGCACUGAUUUCCACUCUGCAUUAAAGCUGGAAAGCUAACUACUUUAAAGAAUCAAAGGUAAAACUUCUCAUAAGGAUAUUGGAACACUUUAGUUUAAAAUACAACUGCUUGGCUAAUUUUAGGCUCUGUAACAUGGUAGGUGGUUGGGCAAAGCACUUAGGACUAGGGUUACUGGGGCAUCAAGGGUAUUUUAUUUAUAGACUGCCAAAUUUUUAAAAAAAUCCUUGAAAAAUUUACCUGGUUCUUCAAACGCCAUUUUGUGCCUCUCCUCACAUGUCAGGAUAGGAGGGGAGGUACUGGAGUAAGAAUUGACAAACAAAUCAUACAUAGAUCAUCUCACUUUAUCAUUAAAACAUAAUUAUAAGCCUGUAUUACAUUUUUAUGAUUAUAUUUGUGUAAUUAUAAGCUUGUGUUUAGUUGUGAGGAGAGCCAGCAUGGUGGUUUGAGUGAUGGACUGGGACAUCAAGAGGUCAGGGUUUAAAUCCCCACAUGGCCACAGAAACCCACUGGGUGACCUUAGGGAAGUCACACUACCUAACCUUAAGUAGGAGGCAAUGGCAAAUUUCCUUUUGACUAACUCUUGCCAAGAAAACGCAUGAUAGGUUCACUGUACAAUUGCUGUCAGAAAGGACUUGCAGGCACACAACAAUUAUACUUGUUCAAGGACUUGGGGGCAGUUUAUAUAUGUCCUCGUGUUGUCAGCUCUGUGACAAUAACACAGUUAGGCUUCAAUAUCAGGUUUGACAUUUGUGUUUGCUGAGUUGGUUUCUGAACCUGUCUCCUCAAUCCAACUUCAGUAUUUCAUCCACUACACUGGCUUCCCCAUUAGGGUCUCUUCCAGAGGUUUUGCCCCCCAGUUCCCAUAGUGCUGAGCCAUUUGCUAUACUGACUUGGUCUUACGAGAGUUUUAGGCCAACACAUCUUGAGGGCACCAUGUUGGUGAAAAGUAGUUGCACCAUGCUAGCUCUGAUUCACAGCAGAGUACCAGCACAGUACUGAAGUAAAAUAAAUGGCCUAAUUUAUGUACUAUUUCAGAUGAAGGCUAAUUGGAAGUCCACAGGAUUAGUACUGCUAGUUCAUCUGUGUGAAUGUUUGUUUGUAUGUAUAAACAAGGGCUUGCUUACUGGCCUGCAGAGCAUUUCUCAAGCUGUGUGAUCAGGCAGUGCUCAGUGGAUGCUUUGGCUUAGCAGUGACACUCCAUAUGGCUUUCUGAUCACAUACAUUUUCAUGUGAUGACACAGCUUUAUAGCAAGUGCCACCAGGAGCUGUUUGGGAAUCUGGAGCUGUUGGUGUCAGGCAGAUCAUACACAUGCAGAGCUCAAGAUGCUAUGUGUCAACAUUUGAAACCUUAACCCUCUCUUCCCAAAGUGCUUUCCUUAUCUAAAUUAAUAGGCUCACAGCAAAUGUGUGUAGAUGAGGAAUUUUGAAUCAGAAUGCAUAAUGUUUUUGAAAUGGGGAUUGGACUGUGUUCAGCUGUAAGCACACAGCAUUUUCAUGUGGUGUUUAUUAGUCAUACUUGAAAUCUUAGUUUCAUCUGUUCCUGUUUCCUAGUGAAACUUGUUUUGUUUGUUUGUUUAAAAAAUGAGAGCCAGUUAAACACCCUUUGGAAUGGAAACUGCACAUUGUAAAACUCUUCAUAAUGGGACUGGUGAGCCCAGGAUUCGCCGACACUGCUAGGAAUCUCUCUGUUCCCUUUGCAAAAAGGUCCAGCCCUCAAGAUCUGCUGAGAAUUUUCCUGCACAGUUCAGUCUCUGAGAACUGAAUGAGGUCAGUAUGUGCAACAAAGCAUCAUGCAGUGGACAGCUCCUUUGCAUAUGAAAGGUCCCAGGCUAAAACACCACCAUCUCUGUUAAAAGACCUUAGUAGCAGGUGUUCAAAACAGAACUCUGGAGAGAGAGCAGAAACUAUUACAGCUGGGCCAAUAGUUGGCUUGUUAGGAGGCAGUUUUUUCUCUGCAAUUCAGAGGCAAACCUGAUUUCUGUAUCUGUAUAUGAAUGUGCAUCUGCUUUGUUAGUUAGCACUGUAGUGCUCUUUGGCAGAGACCCCAGUGCACAAUCCUCUCAAGAACUGGGUUAAAGUUUGUAUAGAUUUUUCAAAUAUAUUUUUCAAAAAUACAGUGUUUCAAAAAUGUAAAAUUUUGAAGUAGCAUACAUAGGCCUGAAUUCUGUUGCUAGCCCUAACUAUAGUAGACCCAUUGAAUGGAUGGCAAUUACCUAUGUUGACUCACCAUUCAACAACUGUGUCUACUCCAGUUGAGAUGAACCAACAAAAUUCCAGCCACAGUAAACAAAAAAAAACCAUCAUGUUUGCAGAGCCUCUCCGAUGUACUAUCAGGACUUUGCAAGUCUCUCUCUCCACCCAUGGGCUUCCCCUUUAAUAUGUUAGGAGGGUUGCAGUGGGCAAGCACAGGGCUAUACAUUGCACACCUAUGGCUUCUGUAUUUGUGCAAACACCAAAGGGGUGGCUCUAGUUGUUAUUUCCCUCCCUAGCCAGCACAGACAAUUACGAGGAAUGCUGGGAGUUGCAGUCCAGCAACUAAAGGGCUCUUUUAUUGUUUGCUUAGAAGGCAUCCCACCUGUUAAUUGAAGGAAUGGGAACCUUCACAUAAGUUCAAGAGCCUCUCAACCCCUCACUAGUGGCAUUCUUAGUAAUGGCAGAGUUCUUUUUAUCCUGCUCAUGAACGUCAUGUUCUUCUUAGCAGCUGUAAGACUUUGGAAAUGAUGGCAGUGCCUCAGGCAGGUAAUUGUGCCAGAGCAAUUUGUUGCACUUACUAAGUUAAACUCAAAAACUUUAUGAGGACCUAUAGACUUUAUUUUUUAACUCCUAGGUUUUCUCAUGGAAGGAUCCUGAGAGAUUUAUUCCAGAGUAUAUCGGAUAAAUGAGCUAAAAUCCAUUAUAAAUGUUUUCAGGUUAUUUCUCAGAUGCUAUCUUCAGGAUACUGUGAUACACAGUUUUUCUGCUUUUCCUUCACUCUGUAUAAAAUCAUCUCGCAAAAAGAUUGCUCAGCUUCUUUGAGUUUCUCAAGCCAAUGGUAAGCUGUUGUAAAUAGCAUCUUUCAAUGUACAAUAGAACAUUGAUUUAGCCACAAGUUCACUGUAGUGUAACUGCAAAUGGACCUUUUUUUUAGAAGGAUAGCAGCAGGCAAGUACACCAAGCCUGACAGGUAGCAUUCUGGUUUUGUACCUUCCUUUUUCUUCAUAGGCUAAGUUACAAACUAUGAAAAAAAAUUCUUUUUGUACUUUUGGUAAAACUUUUAGGAGAGAAAAAGGAUGAAGCUGUCAGUGUGGGUAAAUGCCAGUUACUUCCUUCAGCUGGAGAGAACUGGUGCUUGCUUGAUAUGAUGGCACUUACUUUUUCCCCAGCAGUGAUGCCACUUCUGCGAAGUGAACUGCAAGUUUCCCUUCAUUUUGUAUAUGUGGCUAUGAGGGUGGGAAGAGCUUGCUUGUACAAUUUGGUGAAAUGAGACCUUUUUGGUUUGUUCCUAAAUAAACAAUGAUGAAAACAA